AUGUCGCUGAAGAGGGCCGGGAGUUCAAAGCGAUGCAGCCGGCGGGCGGCCAGCUACCCUGGAUGCGCUCGCGUGGCCUUUGCUCCCUCCGGGUUGGGCGCGGGUGUGAGCGCUGAGGAUCGGGGAUCGGCGUGCGGCACAUCAAUGAGGACGCCUGUCCUCCGUGACGCGAGCCCACCCCCUCUAAUCCGCCGCAUUGAUGUGUCUAAUUAUGUGUCUUACAACCGCAGAACUCCCCCCAGAGCAGCGGGGCCCUUCUGGCGGAAUGAAGAGGAUGAUCGCUCCAUCUGUUCCUCCGGCGCCAACGGGAGGUGGACGAGGCGGCGCGGGCAGGGGUUGUGCGACUACGCGUGCGCAAGGGCGAGGGCCAGGCGGCAGGGCGCGGCCGAGCGCAGGUGCCUGGAGAAAGGGGAUCCCAGCGGCAGGUGCAGAUGCCAAACUAGCGGUGGCUGA